UUUUUUUUAUCCGCCAAACCGUAUCCGAAACGCAGGCCAGUAGUGACCUUCUACAUCUGAGGCCCGCUUCAGAUUUACUGGUACCUACCUAGCUCAGUACUCCAGGAACUGACAAAUACAGGUCUUCCAUUUCUUCUUCAUUCCUUCAACUACAUUCUCUCACUCACUCAAACAUUAUUCUUCACUUCACUUCUCUUCGAAUUCUACUUCUUGGCUUUACACAACUUACAACCCCUAUCCUUGAAAUUCUCCAUAUUAUACGUCACGACAAGACAUCUCGAACCCACCCGCAUCUGACUUUGACGCUUCUGACGCCUCGUCGCAUUCGUUCAACCCCCCUUUACAUCCUUCCACGGUACUACCACUCCUUUAUACUGUACGCGCCGUAGUCUCGACUCUCCGUUACUCUUGGCCCCUAUGACCGCCAGGGCUCGACGACCUCAAAACAAACCCGCCCGGCCGCCCCUGACGAUCAAGACAGAAGCAGAGGAUGCGAAUGGAAACGGUCACCUCAACGGCAACGGCAAAAUGAGCAGCGGAGUAGAGAUGCGCCGCAAGGCGGCCAACCCAGACGUCGAUAACGUUGCUGCCAACUUCAUCAAGAGCGAGUCCUUUUCCCUCGACGAUCCGAUUCCAAAGACCCCUUCUCUUAACAACCACGGUUUCUUCGAUCUUCCUCGACAAGACCAGAGGAACUUUCUCCUCUUGGUACUUCUAUACUUCUUGCAGGGCAUCCCCAUGGGCUUGGCCACAGGCUCUGUGCCUUUUUUGCUGAAGAACCAUAUGUCGUACAGUGAAAUUGGUAUCUUCAGUCUUGCUUCAUACCCUUACUCUCUGAAGCUCUUCUGGAGUCCUUUCGUGGACGCUGUUUGGAGUCCCAAGAUUGGUCGGCGCAAGACAUGGAUCGUCCCGAUUCAGUUUCUCUCCGGCUUCGGCAUGCUCUGGUUGGGAUCCCAUGUGGAAGACAUGAUGGCCUCCGCCGGUAAGCCUGGCGGCAUGACAGCGUUCUCGUUUAUGCUUUGGUGGUUCUUUCUCGUCCUCAUGUGCGCCACCCAAGAUAUCGCUGUGGACGGCUGGGCGCUCACUCUCCUGACGCCUGGAAACGUAUCAUACGCUUCAACUGCGCAGACUGUUGGCCUCACUGCUGGCCACUUUAUGUCAUACACUGUUUUCCUCGCCUUCAAUGCUGCUGACUUUGCCAACAAGUGGUUCAGGGCAGUUCCUUCAGAUGAUGGUCUUCUCUCACUAGGGGGAUAUCUCAAGUUCUGGGGUUGGUCAUACAUCAUUGUCACCGUUGGACUCGGCCUUUUGAAGAAGGAGGACAAGUCGCAGAACGAAGAUGGUGUCUGGGAUGUCUACCGCAUCAUGUGGGGUAUUCUCAAGCUCAAAAACGUCCAGACCAUUAUCAUUGUUCAUCUGAUUGCCAAGAUUGGCUUCCAGGCUAACGACGGCGUUACAAACUUGAAGCUCCUCGACAAGGGCUUUGGCAAGGACAACAUGGCGCUGACGGUUCUCAUCGACUUCCCAUUCGAGAUUGGUCUGGGCUACUAUGCCGGAAUGUGGUCGCAAAAGUAUACACCGAUGCGCCUUUGGUGCUGGGGAUUUGUGGGCAGACUUGUUGCUGCUCUCUCCGCCCAAUUCGUUGUCGCUAUUUUCCCUGAUGAAGGAGUUACAUCAUGGUAUCUGUUGGUGGUUAUCGCUGAACACCUUUUCUCAACAUUCACAAACACAAUCAUGUUUGUCGCUGUCUCUGCUUUCCAUGCCCGGGUGUCUGACCCCGUCAUUGGCGGCACUUACAUGACUCUCCUUGCAACUGUCUGCAAUCUGGGCGGCACAUUCCCUAGAUAUUUCGUACUCCGGCUCGUUGACAGCUUCACUGUGGCUACGUGCGAGCCUGGCAAAUCAGAUGCCACGACAAUCAAGGGCACACUUAUCAAAGAUGCAUUCUCAUGCGCUGUACAGUCUGAGAAGGAGAGAUGUGAGGCUGGUGGCGGAACAUGCCACAUGAUCCACGACGGAUACUAUACAGUGAACAUAUUAUGUGUCCUGUUUGGUGCUGCAACUUUCUUCUGGUACAUCAAGCCAAAGGUGUUGCAUCUCCAGAGUCUACCUCUGCGGGCGUGGAGAUUAGCACCGGGAAACGAGAACAAGCGAUAGAUCAAGAGGAGGAAGAAAUCUAAUGUUAAUUUGGCAACAUGUACAAGUAGUAAAUUGGGAAGCAUGCGCUGCAGCGUUUGAUACCCGUGGACAUAUCAGCACAAUGUACUUAGAUGCUUGCUCAUUCACAAGAUAGUAGCCCUGAUCGGUCAAGUCAAAUACACUUUGUUAGUUGUUAA